UUUGUGAAACGGGCUUUGUGGCGGCUGCGGGAGAGGAGGAGGCGGAGGCGGAGGCGGAGGCGGCAGCAGCGGAGGGGCGACAGGCAAGCAAGGCGAGCAGAGGAACAAAGCGGCUGCCGAAGGAAAGCCUUCUCUCGCUUCCUCGCCCGCCGCCCGCCCGCCCGCCACCAUGACGGCCAACGGCACCGCGGAGUCGCUGCAGAUCCAGUUCGGCCUGAUCAACUGCGGGAACAAGUACCUGACGGCCGAGGCGUUCGGCUUCAAGCUCAACGCCUCGGCGCCCAGCCUGAAGAAGAAGCAGAUCUGGACGCUGGAGCAGGACGGCGAGGACUCGAGCGUGGUCUUCCUGAAGAGCCACCUGGGCCGCUACCUGGCGGCCGACAAGGACGGCCACGUGCGCUGCGAGGCCGAGGCGCCGACGGGCGACUGCCGCUUCGCCAUCGUGGCGCACGACGACGGGCGCUGGUCGCUGCAGUCGGAGGCGCACCGGCGCUUCUUCGGCGGCACGGAGGACCGCCUGUCGUGCUUCGCGCAGAGCAUCUCGGCGGCCGAGAAGUGGAGCGUGCACAUCGCCAUGCACCCGCAGGUGACCCUCUUCAGCCUGGCCCGCAAGCGCUACGCCCAGCGCAGCGCCGCCGCCGCCGAGCUGGCCGUCACGCGCGACGUGCCCUGGGGCGUGGACGCGCUGGUCACCCUCCUCUUCCACGAGCAGCGCUACUGCCUGCAGACCUGCGACCACCGCUUCCUGCGCCACGACGGCCAGCUGGUCGAGCGGCCCGAGCCCGCCGCCGGCUACACGCUCGAGUUCCGCGGCGGCAAGGUGGCCUUCCGCGACUGCCAGGGCAAGUACCUCAGUCCCUCCGGGCCCAGCGGCACCCUCAAGGCCGGCAAGAGCGCCCGCGUCACCAAGGACGAGCUCUUCGUCCUCGAGCAGAGCUGCCCGCAGGUCGUGCUGCGCGCCGGCAACGACCGCAACGUCUCCAUCCGGCAAGGGAUGGACCUUUCAGCCAAUCAGGAUGAGGAGAGUGAUCAAGAAACCUUCCAACUGGAAAUCAACAAAGAGACCAAGAAAUGCGCCUUCAGGACCUAUACUGGAAAAUAUUGGACCCUCACCUCGAAUGGUGGAGUGCAGUCUACUGCCUCGACUAACAGGAAUGCCAACUGUUACUUCGAUAUUGAAUGGCGCGACCGGCGUAUCACCCUGAAAGCCUCCAACGGGAAGUAUGUUACAGCAAAGAAGAACGGGCAGCUUGCUGCCAGCGUGGAAACAGCCAGUGAGACAGAAUUCUUCCUAAUGAAACUGAUCAACCGCCCAAUCAUUGUCCUUCGGGGAGAACAUGGCUUCAUUGGCUGCCGAAAGGUGACCGGUACCCUGGAUUCGAAUCGCUCCUCCUAUGAUGUCUUUCACUUGGAAUUCAAUGAUGGUGCCUAUAAUAUCAAAGAUUCCACUGGGAAAUACUGGAUGGUUGGCAGUGAGUCCUCUGUCACCAGCAGCAGUGACGUGCCCGUGGACUUCUUCUUUGAGUUCUGUGAUUAUAACAAGGUGGCCAUCAAGGUGAACAACAAAUACCUGAAGGGUGACCACGCCGGUGUCCUCAAAGCUUCAGCCGACUCCAUCGACUCCUCUACCCUCUGGGAGUAUUAAGUGCACUUUAGCCUCCUCCUUUCCCUCCCCUCUGUACUCCACGCCUCCCCUUUCCGUUGCCAGUUCUGGGUAUCUCUCUCUGUCUCUCUCUCGCUCUCUUUUUAAAAUGUUCUGAUGUCUUUUUUCCUUUUUGAAAAAGGGGAGCUAAUUUUCAGACCAACCUGCUGCUUCUCUCCUGCUGUAGAAUCGUUAGAUGGAUCUUCUCUCUCUCUCUUUUUUUAAUGUGAGAGUCUCUGUAAAACUGGAAAGUAACCUGGGGGGGGGGGGAAACCCCGAUGCACUCUGUGUAGAUUUGGGGGUUUGGUUUGUAAAGAUUAGAUACCAAACCCCACCUUGUCUUGGCAUCUCUGCGGGUCCUUGAUUUCUGAUUUUUUUAAAGGGAAUGAAAACUGCCUCUCUGCUGUACAUAGCAGUACCAGCCCCCUCUGCUGUCUCCUAGAGUCUCCCCAGGGUUUUGGAACCAUGCUGGGCUUCCCCAUGAGAGGGAGCCCAAGCUUAGGAGUCUUCUUGGGAAGAUGUCAGUCACCGGUGUCCGUUGAUGCGACCUAAUGCCGGUGAAAUGGUUAAUCCUGCUUCGGCCAGAUUUCUUUCUGGAGUAGCAUUCUUUAGUGGCGGAUCUUGUAUCCCACCCAUCCACCCUUCUUGGCUGUCGACCCCCAAGUAAAAUGCCUCCAAAGCAGAGCAGAUGUGGUGGGGGUGUGGUUUUUUCUGACCCAUGGAGUGGGUGGUAAUAGUAAGUUGAUUAGGUGGUGCACUGAAAGGGCUAGAAACUUGGUCCUGGAAACUGCUUUUGGAGGACCAGGAUUCCGGAGGAGCUGCAGCUGCUCAUUUCCUAGGAGACUGAACUUGUUCAUCUUCUGCUCUGAGCUUUUUUGCCCUUUGUGCUUCUAAGUGCCCAAAGAGCCUCUUGGAGCUGCUCUUAAAGUUCUGACAACUGCACUGAAGCUGUUGAUACUGCCUUACCGUUCCUCUCCUUCUCUUGGAAGGUGCAAGUAGUAGUUAGACUUUCUCUCCCUUUCCUCCUUUUGUUUGGUAUCCUAGAGGAACCUUGGCUACCUGAAGUGUAUGUUGAACAUCAAACUGCACAUCAUCUGAAUCUUUCCCUCUCUGGGGGAAAAGUCUCAGCCACUUUAGUCUGCUGCUGCCAGAAUUAAGAUACCGGUUGCCAGCAGCUGCCUCCUGCAGUGGGGUUUUAGAGUUCAGUUUGGCCCCUGAAGAUUGCCCCAGUUAUUGGGGGGCCUGCACUAGGAUAGUACUGGGAACUGCGCGCUCCGUCCUGCCCUGGCCAUAAGUGACCUCUCUUGCUGGCUCUGCUUCGGAGUUCAGUGUGCCUCCAAAAACCAGCCACAUCUCACAUUUUUUGGUGCAUGAGGUGGGGUACUUUUGGGGGAGGAGAGGAAGAGCCCGAUUUCCAGCUCCUUCCUAGGGGAGGAGGAGUUGUGCUCCAUCUGCGUGUUCUCUUCCUCUUUCUCCUGGUUUCCGGUCACUUUCUGGCAGUGGCUGCAAAGCAGUUUGCUAACCUCAGUUGACAGAAUAGAAAGCUUUCUGAUUUAGCAGUGUUUGCACAGCAGUGUGUGUCUCAUUCAUGGUGUCGCAACUUCUUACUGGAAUCCCUCUCCGCCCAAAUUGUUGUGUUUGUGGGUGAUUUUUAAGGCUUCCAUUUCAGACUUGCGUCUCUCACUGGCUGACUCUCUUUGUCUGCACAUGGGUGUACUUCUUGGAGGGUUCUCCAAGGCUUUUCACCCUGGUAGGUCACUCCAAUGAUGUCACCCUCCGGUUGCAUGGAAACAGAUGACCAAAACAGUGUUUUUUAGAUCUAUUUAUAUAAGCUCUCCCCAGAACCAUCCUCCAUUUGUAAUAGGUUUGCAGUACUGUAUGAUCCAUGCGGACAUGUGUAAAGUGUUGCUUUAGAGUUCAGAACAUCUGCAAAAAAGUUGUGUGCACGUGCUCAUAUAAACACACACAACACCCUCUUUUCAAGGCCUUAUUGGGGGUUAUCUGUGUUCCCGUAAGAUAACUUGGAUGACUUCUUCUUCAGCAAUCUCUUGCUCAGCAUGUCCCUUUCUCAACAUAUACUGUUGGUGUGUGUGGGCAAGGGGUGGUACUUCAGAGGAAAAGGUGCUCUUCUAUCUCUAUGGCGGAAUCAUUAAGUCAGCCCACCGCACUAGGCCUUGUGAAGUACAUAACAGUACAAAACCCUCCUUGAAUCUUUGUCCUUGCUGAAGAGGGAGAGACUCAUCCUUGUAAUUGCUGGAAGUAGAGGAGGAGGAGAGUAUAAUGAACCUUCAGAAUAUCCCCCCUGUCAUUUGAAGGGGUUCUCUCUCCAUUUGAUGCUUGGUGCUAAAUUCUCACAAGCAACUGGAAUUAUUUGCCUUUCUGAGUAAAGGAGGAUCUGAUCUGGACGACACUGGAACCAUUGCCUGGGUUAAUCUGGAAUUUUGAGAAACGUGGAGAACUUGCUUUUAAAUAAAAUGCAGCUUUAGGAACAAAGAUGGCUGCCGGAAGGCCUGAGGGUCAGUUGCUCAAUACAGGCCAGCCUUCGCAUUUCUUUCCCCUUGGAAUUCUUUCCUUCCCAGCUGACAUUUUGAGUCACGUAACACUCUGGCUUUCCCCAUCUGGCAAUUUAAGCCUGAAGUUCUCCUUGCCUUCUUCCUUUGCUGUUGUGGUUCUGCAAAACAUCUCACACUCUUGGUCUAUUUUGUUAAAAGUUUCUUUUUCUUUAUUGAAUUUUUUUGUAAGUGCCAUUUGUAUAAGAAGCUUCAAAUGGAGAAAAAAGUGACAAAAUAACGAAUAAAAACCCCUGCAUUCAGAUAA